ACCUCAGUAAAAGAAGAAUACACUGAAUAAGUAUCAACUGAAUCCUGUAUGAUGGUGUUGCCAAUGGAUUACAGUUCGGAAGAGGAUUUGUAUUUUCCAUAGGGAGACGAAUCAGACCCUAGCAUAGCGUCUCGGAUGGGACAUGUAAACCUGGGUGGUGAUUCUGAAUCAACAGAUGAGUCGCUGGACGCAACGAUGGCUGGUUCUGAAGAAAAUGUACAGUUAAAUGACUCUGAACCGGAGGAGAUUGCUCAAGUGCAGUUAAGAAGCGGCAAGAUACUACGGUCUCCACCGAAGAAAGAGGUCUCCAACAAAGACAAGGAAAAAGAGAUAGUUAUCAACGAUGACAUUAUUCCUGAAGAUCCUAAGAAAAAGAAGACUUCAGCCAAUGGGAUAGAUUAUAAUAUUUUAUCCCAUCUAAGAAAAAUCCCAGCACAACUCAGUAUAUACGAUGCCCUGGUAAUGUCUAAAGACCUUCGGGAGACUCUGAUUCAGGCUCUCAAAGAUCCCGAAAGAUACAAGGCGUAUUUUGCUGAACGUAGUUUGACUGAAGUUCUACAAGCUCGUAAUGAGCCAUUCAUUACUUUCUCCGAAGAGGACAUGAUGCUUGGAACUGCAGACCAUAACCGUCCUCUGUAUGUUACUGCAAAGAACGAUAAGCUGAUCAUCAGUCGAAUCCUAAUCGAUCUUGGAUCCUCUGUGAAUCUGAUAAGCUUGAAAGCACUGAGAUCCCUCUACCUUGAUGUUGAACACCUCGGGCCAGAUAAAAUGAUGGUGCAUUGUUUCAAUGAAAAAGGGCAAAAAACCCUUGGAUCAUUCAUGCUCCCUCUUGUAUUUGGAGAGCUCCACAUGGUAGCUAAAUUCAAUGUGAUUGAUGUGGAUAUUUCAUUCAAGGCGCUACUAGGUCAUCCCUGGUUGCAUGAAUAUGGCAUUGUCCCGUCAACAUUACACCAGUGUAUGAAAUAUCUCGAAGAAGGGGAAGAAUUCAGAAUUUCUGGUGACAUUCAGCCCUUCACAGUUCAUGAAGCAACAGUUUAUGAAGAUGCACGGUAUUUCAUGCGAAAGAAGCAAAAGUCUUCGAGUUCUCUUGAGGCUAAAGCAUCAAAUUCAAAGACUACAAAGCGACCUGAACGAGAAGGUCAGAAGGAGCUGGUGGGGAGAAAGAAGAGUAUGCCAGUCAACGAAUGA